AUGGUCAAGGUAGACAAACAACACGAAAAUAUGGGCAAAUACUAUCUACCGCACCAUACAGUUGUGAAAGAUACAAGCCUAACAACAAAAACAAGAGUUGUAUUCGAUGCCUCAGCGAAGACGUCCAACGGAUACAGCUUUAAUGACGCAAUGAUGAUUGGCCCUAGACGGCAAGACAAUAUCUUUGACAUCAUCAUCAAAUGGAGGCAAUGGAAAUUUGUAGUUACGGCAGACAUCGAGAAAAUGUACAGGCAGAUCAACAGUGCUGAAGAACAUCAAGAAUAUCAUCGAAUAUUUUGGAGAGAACAACCAAAAGACAAUAUAAGGGAAUAUAAACUGACAACAGUUACGUAUGGAACAGCAGCAGCUCCAUUCUUAGCUGUCCGAACAUUGCAAGAAGUCGCAAACCAAAGUAAAGACAAAGACACAAGAAUAAAAGAAAUCAUAAGAGAAGAAUUUUACGUUUACGACUUAAUGACAGGUGCCAACAACGAAGACGAAUGCAGAUACAUAAUAAGAGCAGUGAGUGAAAAUCUUUCAAAUGCUGGUUUUCAAUUACGAAAAUGGUCUUCAAACAAUCAAAAUUUGCUGACUGGUAUAAUGUCGAAUGAUGAGCAAAAAAUAAUUAAUGUCAAAGAAGGCGACACUAUGAAAACAUUGGGACUUCACUGGGAUCCAGAUCAAGACGAGUUCCGAUUUGUUAUAGAUUCAUCUAAAUUGAGCAUUUCAAAAACCAAAAGAAAUGUGUUAUCAAAUAUUGCAAAAAUAUUCGAUCCUAUUGGAUGGCUUACUCCAGUCACGAUAAAGGCGAAAAUAUUCAUACAAAGAUUGUGGCAAUCAAACUAUGACUGGGAUGAUGAACUUGAUGAAAUCAUGAAGGCAGAAUGGAUGACCUUUCAACAAAACUUACAAGAAAUCAAAUUAAUUAAAAUCCCACGAUGGAUAUUUAAUGACGAAGCAGGUCCAAUAGAAAUACAUGGAUUUGCGGAUGCUUCAGAAAAAGCAUAUGCAGCUGUCAUAUAUGUUAAAACAAAUAUGACAAUUAAAAUACUAACAGCCAAAACCAAGGUGGCACCCAUCAAAAAUAAAAAAACUCUUCCCAAAUUAGAGUUAUGUGCAGCUCAACUACUUGCAAAGUUACUCAACAAGAUAAAAAAAUAUUUCUCAAAUGAUACAAAAUACUACGGGUGGAGUGAUUCCACUAUUACUUUGUGGUGGAUAAAAAACAACAAGAGCAAAGAAAAGUUUAUACGAAGCAGAGUAGCUGACAUCAAGAGUCUAAUGGAUAAAAUCGAAUGGCUGCAUUUAAAUUCCAAAGACAACCCAGUCGAUGUUGCAUCACGUGGCAUAUGCCCUUCAAAAAUUGCUGCACACGAACUAUGGUGUACAGGUCCGCAGUGGCUGAAACAAUCAAAACAUCAUUGGCCGCAACAGCAACACCUGGCACCAUCAACAGAUCUAAAAACGAUGUCAACAUUGCAAUGCAAGAAACAUUUUGUAUCCCCAACUCAACCAACCCCAUAA